CUGAAUCCGGCUGCUAUCUAUUCUGUCGAGAUGACGCGGGCUUCAGCUUUGAUCUGGACUCUGGGUGUCUUCCUCUCGUGUCUACUACUACAACAAGCUCAUGGAUUUGAGCUCGCUCAGUCAGUGCGACGGACUCGUCAUCAUCACUCCUACGGUUGGCAGUCGCCCAUCGAGUUCGAUCUCAGAUGCAUGAUAUGGAGAAACUACCCGGAAUAUCUCGGACUGCAAACUGAUUAUACUCCUGCACGAGCAAAUGUUGAAAUCCAUCACGAUGAUACACUGCAAGUGACUUUUCUUUCGUCUGCAGGCACGUUUACUCACAACAAAAUUACGUACGACUUGCAGCAGUUUCAUUUCCACCAUCCUCCAGAGCAUACAUUCCGUAGUUAUCCAUACGUGUGCGACGAUGACGACCUCACGACACAGCGGCCUCGUAGAGACGAAUUUGUUUUGGAGAUGCACCUCGUUCAUCAGACUCCCGACGCAAAAAUUGCAGUGAUUGGUGUCCUUUUCAAGCUUGGAAAGCCCAACAGAUUUCUCAACAAGUUUUGGGACUUCAUUCCAGACGUGGAGGAGGGUUCGCCCGUGGGAGUGGAUGACAUAGAUGCGGCCGACCUGGACUUAAGCGACGUAUUCAUCCAGUACAUGGGCUCUCUUACCACAACACCCUAUACCGAGAAUGUUUUCUGGACUGUGACAUGUGGAAACUGGAAUACUAUAUCCAAGGAACAACUGGAGCGACUACAAAAUAAAUUACCGGGAGCUAACAAUCGAGUGACCCAGCCGUGGAAUGGCCGUAAAGUCUACCUGAACUUCCCAUAUGAUGAUGAUGAUUCAAAAAUCCGCCAAGACGCAUCGUCCCUCUUGCAAUCCUCCUAGAGAAUCGAAACCGGUCUACGGCUAGACUGCGAAAGUCAGACAGAAAAGUAUAUAGCUACCCAUUGGCGUAGAUCGUCUACUAAACAUCGUGUUGCCGAAGCCAGCUAAAUAAAAUGAACGCCACCUUUUCCUGCAGACGGCAUGAGUUUCUCUUUCUGAUGGUGUUGGCAUAUCGUACUUUUUCAAAUGCUUGAAGUAAC